AGAAGUGAAGCCUCAACUCAGACUGAUUGCUCCAUAGAAUGGGCCAGGCUGCAAGUGUAUGUCACUGGAGAGGAGAGUCUUAUAUUGCAGAGCUAUAUGAAUGGUCCAGACAUUUCUGCAAUAUAACAGUCGGCAGGGAAUCAGCUGAGUAUGCAGAACAGAUAUUCUGAACGCUGGACAGAAAUGACGACGGGUUGGUAGAUUUCAGAGAGUAUGUCAUGGCCAUCAGCAUGCUCACUGAAGGCUCAGCAGUGGAGAGACUGCGCCAAUCCUUCAAGCUCUUUGACAAAGAUGGAGAUGGUGCCAUCAUAAGGGAGGAGAUGCUCGGCAUUAUGCAGGCUGUUUACAAGAUGAAUGAAGUAGCAGGUUUACCAAACCCCCUAACAGCUGAACACUGUAUUAACAAGAUAUUUUUGAGAUUAGACAAAGACAACAACGCCGUCAUCACUGUGGAGGAGUUCAUAGAGGGAGCAUUGGAUGAUGAUUGGAUCAGAAGGAUGCUGGAAUGUGAUCCCUGCAUUGUGAGCGUGGAGAGGCACCUGAAAACGAACUCGGCAAUGGGAGUCCAUGAUUGAUCUAAACUUGUUUUGUCCAUUCAACAACUUUGGAUUGAGACUUUUUUUAAAAGUAUGUUCCGUGAUAAAGUGGACAUGAGACAUUGAUGCCUGCCUUAUUUAUUGUGUUAAAUUUCUGUGUUGGUGGUGCAUUACUUGCAUUUGUCUAUGUACUGUAUAUCUAUUUGACAAAAUCUCAUCUGUCAUCAACUAUUGAUGAUGUCAAAUGCUUUACAUUUAGGACUACCAGAGAAGAAAAGCAACAUUAAACGACACGCUCGUGCCAUUUUAGGACUGUAUUGAUUUUUUUCUGACAGUUAUGGUACUUUGUUGUGCCUGGUUGGGGGUUUAUAUCAGGGGAUGUCAACUGUGGGCCUGUGAUGCCCUUUGAGACUCUUCUGUGAU